AUGCUCAGCUUAUAUCUUUCAAUGAAAGAGCUACUUUUCGGCCAACCCCAUGCCCUUCACCACAUCUCUUCGACACCUAUUUCAUCGUGCUUGAAAAGCCCAGGAUCUUCCGGCGGACUUUAUCACCCACCGCAUAUUUCGAAGAGUCAGAGCUCAGACCGAACACUUUCACUCGUAUUAAAAAGUGAAAGCACAGCAUCGGCUGCCACUACAUCCCUCCAUGUAGGGAAGGGGUCUGCCAGACUUGAGGACCAGCUCUUCCAUAUUGAGUCGGCUCAUGAGCCAAGAAUUCAUCAGACGACCCAAGCAGCCCAGACAAUAAUUUCGAGAAGGACACCUGAAAAAUUCGAGUUAUUACUUUCUAUCCUUACACCCCAAGCUAGAGACAACGUGGAGUUGAUCUGGUACUCCUGGCCAGUUCAACUCGAGUUUUCUGCUGGCGCUCAAAACCGCAGGUUAAUCCAGGAUUAUCCAUGGAUCAACAAACCGAUUGUCGAAAGAAUACGUGGACAGGGCACGAAAAUGGCACGCGAAUAUGUUGUCUCGUCGACUUGGACUAUCAACAGCCACCAAAAGAACCAGCCCAACCCCGAGGGUAAAAAGAGAAAGCUCGCUCCCAAAAAAUAUGACCUGUUGAUAUUGAGAGGACCUCGAAAGCUUGAUGAAAGAGCGCAUCCAGAAAGAAUGGGAACAAAAAGGGAUAUCUGGUUAGGUCGAAGAAAUAACCUCACCACUCAAGUGUCCUCGUCAAAUUUCGACAAGGCAGGAUCAACUGGCAAAUCACACGCGAUUACCCAUCGGAAGCUUCUUGAGCUGUUGAUCGGAGUCAACCAGUUGCAACACCGAAACUCCGUUAUAGAACUGAUCAGCCCAGACCAGCACCAGAGAGGUAUGUUCCACCAAUCGUGCCGGCAAGGAAGCUGGAUGGAAAAAUUGAGCUGGACAAGACAAGAACCAACUUAG